AUAUCCACAACAAAGCUUGGUUCUCACUUAUUCUCAACAGUUGGUUUGGUUGCCGAGUAUAUUGAAAUCAUUCGUCAGAAGUACAAACGUCAUGAGGGAUGGCUUGCGCCAUUUCCUUGGUGCGAAGAUUUUCAGUUUCAUCUUAACGAUAUUUACACACGGCUUCUGGUGGUCAGGAGAGAAAAAAAAGCGAGAGCAACAGCGGAGCAAAGAAUUGUUGAAACGACUGAAAUCUUCAAACCACACGAAGAAUGCAGACAACCUAGAAAAGUAUUGAUUGAAGGAAUGCCAGGUAUGGGGAAGACGACAUACUGCAAUAAGGUUGCUUACGACUGGGCUAUAAGCAUGAAAAACGAAGGAGAUUGCUUUCCGGAAUUUGAGAUGGUGCUCUUGCUGAAAUGCCGUGAUGUCGAGAUCGGGGCCGACCUUUGGGGUGCCAUUGACGAUCAGCUUUUGCCAGGUGAAAUUCACCGAGAGGAAAGAGAGAAAUUCUUCGAGUUCAUUCGGCAAAAUCAGUCGAAGGUUCUACUGAUACUUGACGGAUUGGACGAGUUACCUUCGAGCAAGCUGCCGGAGUUUACUGAGAUUAUACAAGGUAAAAUGCUUCCUCUAUGUCACCUUGUGGUUACAGCGCGACACGAGGCGGGGAUACCUAUGAGAAAGGUUUGUGACACUUUGCUAGAGAUUGAAGGUUUCACUUAUCAAGAUAGCAAAAAAUUUAUUCACAAAUAUUUUGCCGGCAAGGAAGAUUUGGCCGAAAAGCUCCUGGAUAAAAUACGGAAUGAAGAAAGGCUUAAAGAGAUGACGGCGAACCCAUUAAACACUGCACUGCUUUGUCUUCUUUGUGAAGACUUUCAAGGUGUCUUACCUGAAAUCAGAACUCAGUUGUACUUGGAAAUAGUACAAUGUGUUCUUAUUAGAUACAGGAAAAAGAAAGGUAUACCAGUCGAAAAUGAGGAUCUGAUUGAAAUCUACAAAGAUGAGUUGAAACUCCUUGGCUUAAUAGCUUUAAACGGCCUGUAUGAAGACAACAUGUACUUUGAGGACAAAAAGCUUGCCGACUUACCUGGAUUUGGGUUUCUAUCAGCUCAACCUGGAAGCAGCAAACGAAGACCGUGUAUGUAUUACGGUUUUACGCAUAAGAGUUUUCAAGAAUUCUUCGCGGCACAUUAUCUUUGUUGCCAACUUGUUAGCAAAGAAACCAGUCCUGAAAUAUUGGUGACUGACACAAGAUAUUUCGGAGAGCUGAGAGAGGUAUUGAAAUUUACCUGUGGUCUCCUAGCAGUAAGAUCCAAAGAAAUUGCAAUAGCUCUUGUCAUCAGUAUAGCGAAUAAAUUAAAGAACGAAUACGAGAAAAAAUGUUUUCCUGUUGCAAUGGAUUGCAUUAAAGAAACCAAAAUAGAAAGCAGUAAUUUUCACAUGGAACUGGCCCGUACCUUUGGCGCAUAUCUGGCACUUCAACAGGUUGAGAUCAGAGAUGGAGGUAUAGAUGACGCUGCUGCUGCUGUGAUUGCUGCCGUGCUUGAAGCAAACACAACUCUGACGAAUUUGGUUUUGUUUAGUAAUAAACUUGGUCCUGCCGGUGCGGAGUCACUUGCUACAGCGCUAAAAACAAACACAACUUUGAGAAAUUUGAAUUUGUCUCUCAAUAACGUUGGUCCUGCCGGUACGGAGUCACUUGCUACAGCGCUAAAAACAAACACAACUCUGACAAAUUUGAAUUUGUACGACAAUAACGUUGGUCCUGCCGGUGCGGAGUCACUUGCUACAGCGCUAAAAACAAACACAACUCUGACAAAUUUGGUUUUGAUUAGUAAUAAACUUGGUCCUGCCGGUGUGGAGUCACUUGCUACAGCGCUAAAAACAAACACAACUCUGACAAAUUUGGAUUUGUCUUUCAAUAACGUUGGUCCUGCUGGUGCGGAGUCACUUGCUACAGCGCUAAAAAAAAACACAACUCUGACAAAUUUGCAUUUGUCUUUCAAUAACGUUGGUCCUGCUGGUGCGGAAUCACUUGCUACAGCGCUAAAAACAAACACAACUCUGACAAAUUUGGUUUUGAUUAGUAAUAAACUUGGUCCUGCCGGUGCGGAGUCACUUGCUACAGCGCUAAAAACAAACACAACUCUGACAAAUUUGAAUUUGUACGGCAAUAACGUUGGUCCUGCCGGUGCGGAGUCACUUGCUACAGUGCUAAAAACAAACACAACUCUGACAAAUUUGAAUUUGUACGGCAAUAACGUUGGUCCUGCCGGUGCGGAGUCACUUGCUACAGUGCUAAAAACAAACACAACUCUGACCAAUUUGGAUUUGUCUUUCAAUAACGUUGGUCCUGCCGGUGCGGAGUCACUUGCUACAGCGCUAAAAACAAACACAACUCUGACAAAUUUCAAUUUGUACGACAAUAACGUUGGUCCUGCCGGUGCGGAGUCACUUGCUACAGCGCUAAAAACAAACACAACUCUGACAAAUUUCCAUUUGUACGACAAUAACGUUGGUCCUGCCGGUGCGGAGUCACUUCCUACAGCGCUAAAAAACAAACAACUCUGACAAAUCUGGAUUUGUCUCACAAUAACGUUGGUCCUGUCGGUGCGGAGUCACUUGCUACAGCGCUAAAAACAAACACAACUCUGACAAAUUUGCAUUUGUACGACAAUAACGUUGGUCCUGCCGGUGAGGAGUCACUUCCUACAGCGCUAAAAAACAAACAACUCUGACAAAUCUGGAUUUGUCUCACAAUAACGUUGGUCCUGCCGGUGCGGAGUCACUUGCUACAGCGCUAAAAGCAAACACAACUCUGAGAAAUUUGCAUUUGUACGGCAAUAACGUUGCUCGUGCUGGUGCGGAGUCACUUGCUACAGCGCUAAAAACAAACACAACUCUGGCAAAUUUGCAUUUGUACGGCAAUAACGUUGGUCCUGCUGGUGCGGAGUCACUUGCUACAGCCCUAAAAACAAACACAACUUUGAGAAAUUUGAAUUUGUCUCUCAAUAACGUUGGUCCUGCCGGUACGGAGUCACUUGCUACAGCGCUAAAAACAAACACAACUCUGACAAAUUUGAAUUUGUACGACAAUAACGUUGGUCCUGCCGGUGCGGAGUCACUUGCUACAGCGCUAAAAACAAACACAACUCUGGCAAAUUUGGUUUUGAUUAGUAAUAAACUUGGUCCUGCCGGUGCGGAGUCACUUGCUACAGCGCUAAAAACAAACACAACUCUGACAAAUUUGGAUUUGUCUUUCAAUAACGUUGGUCCUGCCGGUGCGGAGUCACUUGCUACAGCGCUAAAAACAAACACAACUCUGACCAAUUUGCAUUUGUCUUUCAAUAACGUUGGUCCUGCUGGUGCGGAAUCACUUGCUACAGCGCUAAAAACAAACACAACUCUGACAAAUUUGGUUUUGAUUAGUAAUAAACUUGGUCCUGCCGGUGCGGAGUCACUUGCUACAGCGUUAAAAACAAACACAACUCUGACAAAUUUGAAUUUGUACGGCAAUAACGUUGGUCCUGCCGGUGCGGAGUCACUUGCUACAGUGCUAAAAACAAACACAACUCUGACAAAUUUGGAUUUGUCUUUCAAUAACGUUGGUCCUGCCGGUGCGGAGUCACUUGCUACAGCGCUAAAAACAAACACAACUCUGACAAAUUUCAAUUUGUACGACAAUAACGUUGGUCCUGCCGGUGCGGAGUCACUUGCUACAGCGCUAAAAACAAACACAACUCUGACAAAUUUCCAUUUGUACGACAAUAACGUUGGUCCUGCCGGUGCGGAGUCACUUCCUACAGCGCUAAAAAACAAACAACUCUGACAAAUCUGGAUUUGUCUCACAAUAACGUUGGUCCUGUCGGUGCGGAGUCACUUGCUACAGCGCUAAAAACAAACACAACUCUGACAAAUUUGCAUUUGUACGACAAUAACGUUGGUCCUGCCAGUGCGUAGUCACUUCCUACAGCACUAAAAAACAAACAACUCUGACAAAUCUGGAUUUGUCUCACAAUAACGUUGGUCCUGCCGGUGCGGAGUCACUUGCUACAGCGCUAAAAGCAAACACAACUCUGAGAAAUUUGCAUUUGUACGGCAAUAACGUUGGUCCUGCUGGUGCGGAGUCACUUGCUACAGCGCUAAAAACAAACACAACUCUGACAAAUUUGGAUUUGUCUUUCAAUAACGUUGGUCCUGCCUUUGCGGAGUCACUUGCUACAGCGCUAAAAACAAACACAACUCUGACAAAUUUGGAUUUGUCUUUCAAUAACGUUGGUCCUGCCUUUGCGGAGUCACUUGCUACAGCGCUAAAAACAAACACAACUCUGACAAAUUUGGAUUUGUCUUUCAAUAACGUUGGUCCUGCCUGUGCGGAGUCACUUGCUACAGCGCUAAAAACAAACACAACUCUGACAAAUUUGGAUUUGUCUCUCAAUAACGUUGGUCCUGCCGGUGCGGAGUCACUUGCUACAGCGCUAAAAACAAACACAACUCUGACAAAUUUGGAUUUGUCUCACAAUAACGUUGGUCCUGCCUGUGCGGAGUCACUUGCUACAGCGCUAAAAACAAACACAACUCUGACAAAUUUGAAUUUGUACGACAAUAACGUUGGUCCUGCCGGUGCGGAGUCACUUGCUACAGCGCUAAAAACAAACACAACUCUGGCAAAUUUGGUUUUGAUUAGUAAUAAACUUGGUCCUGCCGGUGCGGAGUCACUUGCUACAGCGCUAAAAACAAACACAACUCUGACAAAUUUGGAUUUGUCUUUCAAUAACGUUGGUCCUGCCGGUGCGGAGUCACUUGCUACAGCGCUAAAAACAAACACAACUCUGACCAAUUUGCAUUUGUCUUUCAAUAACGUUGGUCCUGCUGGUGCGGAAUCACUUGCUACAGCGCUAAAAACAAACACAACUCUGACAAAUUUGGUUUUGAUUAGUAAUAAACUUGGUCCUGCCGGUGCGGAGUCACUUGCUACAGCGUUAAAAACAAACACAACUCUGACAAAUUUGAAUUUGUACGGCAAUAACGUUGGUCCUGCCGGUGCGGAGUCACUUGCUACAGUGCUAAAAACAAACACAACUCUGACCAAUUUGGAUUUGUCUUUCAAUAACGUUGGUCCUGCCGGUGCGGAGUCACUUGCUACAGCGCUAAAAACAAACACAACUCUGACAAAUUUCAAUUUGUACGACAAUAACGUUGGUCCUGCCGGUGCGGAGUCACUUGCUACAGCGCUAAAAACAAACACAACUCUGACAAAUUUCCAUUUAUACGACAAUAACGUUGGUCCUGCCGGUGCGGAGUCACUUCCUACAGCGCUAAAAAACAAACAACUCUGACAAAUCUGGAUUUGUCUCACAAUAACGUUGGUCCUGUCGGUGCGGAGUCACUUGCUACAGCGCUAAAAACAAACACAACUCUGACAAAUUUGCAUUUGUACGACAAUAACGUUGGUCCUGCCAGUGCGGAGUCACUUCCUACAGCGCUAAAAAACAAACAACUCUGACAAAUCUGGAUUUGUCUCACAAUAACGUUGGUCCUGCCGGUGCGGAGUCACUUGCUACAGCGCUAAAAGCAAACACAACUCUGAGAAAUUUGCAUUUGUACGGCAAUAACGUUGGUCCUGCUGGUGCGGAGUCACUUGCUACAGCGCUAAAAACAAACACAACUCUGACAAAUUUGGAUUUGUCUUUCAAUAACGUUGGUCCUGCCUUUGCGGAGUCACUUGCUACAGCGCUAAAAACAAACACAACUCUGACAAAUUUGGAUUUGUCUUUCAAUAACGUUGGUCCUGCCUUUGCGGAGUCACUUGCUACAGCGCUAAAAACAAACACAACUCUGACAAAUUUGGAUUUGUCUUUGAAUAACGUUGGUCCUGCCUGUGCGGAGUCACUUGCUACAGCGCUAAAAACAAACACAACUCUGACAAAUUUGGAUUUGUCUUUCAAUAACGUUGGUCCUGUCGGUGCGGAGUCACUUGCUACAGCGCUAAAAACAAACACAACUCUGACAAAUUUGCAUUUGUCUUUCAAUAACGUUGGUCCUGCUGGUGCGGAAUCACUUGCUACAGCGCUAAAAACAAACACAACUCUGACAAAUUUGGUUUUGAUUAGUAAUAAACUUGGUCCUGCCGGUGCGGAGUCACUUGCUACAGCGCUAAAAACAAACACAACUCUGACAAAUUUGAAUUUGUACGGCAAUAACGUUGGUCCUGCCGGUGCGGAGUCACUUGCUACAGCGCUAAAAACAAACACAACUCUAACAAAUUUGAAUUUGUACGGCAAUAACGUUGGUCCUGCCGGUGCGGAGUCACUUGCUACAGCGCUAAAAACAAACACAACUCUGACAAAUUUGGAUUUGUCUCUCAAUAACGUUGGUCCUGCCAGUGCGGAGUCACUUGCUACAGCGCUAAAAACAAACACAACUCUGACAAAUUUCAAUUUGUACGACAAUAACGUUGGUCCUGCCGGUGCGGAGUCACUUCCUACAGCGCUAAAAACAAACACAACUCUGACAAAU